GCCCUGGCUGCGCCGGUGCCGACAAUCCGAAAGUAAAAGGGCGCCGCGAGAUAUACCAAGAUGGCGGCCGGUACAUAAGGAGGGCGGCCGGCCGGCGCUGCCUAGUCUGUCGCCACCAUGCGAGCCGCCGCGUUCAUCCUGGUUCUGUUGGCCUGCGCUGCCGCGCAAGCCGAGCGUGUUAAGCGCCAGGCUGAGCAGCCUUCUGAGGAGGAGACGCUCAAGAAGCUCUGCGCCGGCAAGGGACCCGGAGAGUGGUUCCGACUGAACGCUGGCCAGGAGCACUGCAAGCGGGUCGUCCAGUGCACUUCGGCGGGUCUCCAGCAGAUCAAGUGCCCUCAGGGUCUCGUCUUUGACGUCGAGAAUCAGUCAUGUGACUGGAAGGACAACGUGUUCAAUUGCGACCAGACGGCCCGCGAGGUGAAGGCCAAGCCUCUGCUGAACACUGACGAGCCCAUCUGCACGGUGGCCGGCGAACUGGCCUGCGCUGACGCCUCCUGCAUCAAGAAGGAGCUCUUCUGCGACGGCAUCGAGCAGUGCAGCGAUGGAUCCGACGAGAACGCUUGCGAUAACGGCAACGAUCCCAACCGGGCACCGCCGUGCGACUCGGAGAAGUGCAAGCUGCCGUCUUGCUUCUGCUCUGAGGACGGCACCACGGUUCCGGGCAACCUCGACCCGCGUGACAUCCCGCAGAUGGUCGUGCUCACCUUCAACGGAGCCAUCAAUAACAACAACAUCGACCUCUUCGACGAGAUCUUCCAGAGCGGCCGCACCAACCCCAACGGCUGCCCCAUCAAGGGAACCUUCUUUGUGUCUCACAGGUACACCAACUACACCGCGGUCCAGGACCUGCACGCGCGGGGUCACGAGGUCGCCGUCUUCUCCAUCUCUCAGAAUGACACCAGGAACUACUGGAAGAACGCCAGCCGCGCUGACUGGGCCAAGGAGAUGGGUGGACAGAGGUUCAUCAUCGAGAAGUUCGCCGGUAUCAACGACAACUCGGUGGUCGGCAUGCGUACCCCGUUCCUGCGUAUCGGUGGCAACAACCAGUUCUUCAUGAUGGACAAGCAGAAGUUCCUGUACGACUCCACCAUCACUGCUCCGCUGAGCGACAUCCCGAUCUGGCCGUACACCCUGCUGAACCAGAUGCCGCACGCCUGCCACGGUGACGCCCAGAAGUGUCCGACUCGCGCCUUCCCCGUCUGGGAGAUGGUCAUGAACGAGCUGGAUCGUCGUGACGACCCCAGCGUGGACGACAACCUGCCCGGAUGCAUCAUGGUCGACUCUUGCUCCAACAUCCGCACCACUGAGCAGUUCUACAACUUCCUCAACCACAACUUCGAUCGUCACUACCUGACCAACCGCGCGCCCAUCAGCCUCAACUUCCAGCAGUCUGCCUGGCUGAAGCAGAACGAGUUCCUCGACACCCUGAUGUACUGGAUCGACGAGAUCCGGCAGACGUUCCCUGAGACCUACUUCGUCACCAUGACCCAGGUCAUCGAAUGGAUGCAGAACCCCCGGACCCUGGCCGAGACCCAGGCCUUCGACUCCUGGCAGAUCAAGUGCGAGGAGCCCCUUCCCUUCGUCUGCUCCAAGCCGGGCGGCAACAACUGCGCUCUGCAUGUGGACGAGGUUCCGGGCACUUUCAACAUGCAGACCUGCCAGCGGUGCCCGACCAACCUGCCCUGGUUGUCGGACCCCACUGGUGAGGGCUUCCUGUAAACGCUGCACAGGCUGCGCCGUGAAGUGGAGCGCUCUUCGACGACAGUCGGCAGGCGGGCGAGGUACUUUGUUGUAGCGGCCGCGCCUGUCGCACCUUCCGUUCGCGGGACGUUGUUACUGUGUCCCGGAACGGGACGUUUCCAGUCGUUUCGCCGAGCCGCAGCUCCGUCAGGAGAUCGUCACUCGGUCUUCUGGCCAGUCCCUUUACGUGCCGGACUUUGUUGACAUAUUGUUGCCGAGUACAAAAGUGCAGCGAAGAGCGAGAUCUGUUUUACCUUAUUUGGCAACGCUGUAGCCCCACUCAGCUGUGAUCGCGAACACGUGAUUCCUUAUCCAUAUCUUGUAUAUAUGCGAAUGGUGUGUGUUGACAUCAUGCAAUAAAGGAGUCGUCAGUUCAGAA